UGGUGUAAAGAAAUAAAUCUGUUUUGUUUUGUUGCUAGCGAAAAGAGAGAGCCAAACACGCCAUUAUCAGAGGUCUAUCAUUAAUAUUAGCUCAACGGAGAUCAGAGAAGCAAAAGCAGACACAGAUUGCUGACGCUGCCUUUUUCCUUUAUCUCUUUUGGGUGAUGUAGAUUUUCCUUCUCUUUUUUUUUUUUUUUUUCUCUUAGACAGAGAUAGAAAGUGAAGAAAAUAAAGGAGAUUGUGGUUUUCGAGACUAAAUCCAUCGGGCACUCAAUUCGGUACUGUUGUUUUCUGGACUAAAAAAUGAGUUCUUUGGAGGCAACUAGAGCCGAACUUGGUUUAUUAGUCUUGUAUCUGAACAAAGCUGAAGCCAGAGACAAGAUCUGCAGGGCAAUUCAAUAUGGUUCAAAAUUCUUGAGUGAUGGACAGCCCGGUACAGCUCAGAAUGUUGACAAAUCAACCAGCUUGGCCCGGAAAGUUUUCCGACUUCUUAAGUUUGUCAAUGAUCUGCAUGCUCUUAUUAGCCCUGUCCCCCAAGGAACUCCUCUGCCUCUUGUUUUGUUGGGAAAGUCAAAAAAUGCAUUAUUGUCAACUUUCUUAUUCCUUGAUCAAAUCGUCUGGCUUGGCAGAUCUGGAAUCUACAAGAAUAAAGAACGCACUGAGCUAAUUGGCCGGAUAUCUCUUUACUGUUGGAUGGGAUCCUCAGUCUGCACUACCUUGGCAGAGAUUGGAGAGCUUGGAAGGCUUUCUGCAUCAAUGAGGAAGCUAGAGAAGGAGCUCAAGAACAGUGAUAAAUAUCAGAACGAACAAUAUCGUGCUAAACUUCAAAAUUCAAAUGAGAGAUCACUGGCUUUGAUCAAGGCAGCCAUGGAUAUUGUAGUUGCAGUUGGUCUACUUCAACUGGCACCCAAGAAAGUUACCCCUCGUGUAACAGGAGCCUUUGGAUUUACUACCUCUUUAAUUUCUUGCUAUCAGUUGCUUCCAUCACGACCAAAAGCCAAGACGACAUAAAGAUACAAAUGUGUACUGUUUAGGAGGUGGGGUCAUUGAAAAUAAUUGUUUGAACUUGUGAUAUAAAGCCCCUCUUGGUGUAAGCUUUUGAGCAAUAUGCUUCAUUCCAGCUGACCUUGAAAGGCUUCUCGCUUUUUGAAGCCAACUAUUAAGCGUGUCAUCUGCUUAUUUGCAAUGGUAAUAAUAUAUUGAUGUUAUUUCUCUUUCGUA